UCAACAAACGCCUAACAAUCUUCCGAUUUUCCUAAAUUAAAGCAAUUAAAACCCGCAACAAAAGGCGACAUUUCGUUGGUAUAUAUUCCCUAGGAACCUGCCCGUUUUCUGGCGUUCCAUUUUGGUGCAGCAUAAUGGAGAAAGCAGAUAAAAGUACGCUGAAGCACAAAAUUCUCUCGAUCACCAAGCGCACCGAGUUGGGCUUUAAAUGCAUGGCAGCUCGAAAGUGCACCUACUCCCAACCGCUGAACCGAUUCAUGACCACAAGUUUCUGCCGGCAUUUGAAAACAUUCCACAACAAUGUCUACAACGCACUGCUUCUGGGUAAAGUUGAGGAAAGUUGCCGCGCCGAUCGGGACCAGGACGGCAAGAACCGGAUGACGAUGAAAACUAAAAUUAUGUCGGUUCUGAAGGUUACGGAAACCGAUUACAAAUGUGGCGUGACGGAUCACUGCAAUUACAAGCAGCCGCUGGACAAGUUGACGCCGGGAAAUUUCGCCCGGCAUAUUGCUGCACUGCAUCCGGAGGUAUACAAGAAACUCGAGAUGGGAAGACUCGACACGGAACAUAAAAAGCCCCCGAAACAACCAAAUCCGGUCUACGAGAUAGUGUCGACAAAGGCGAACAGGUUUCGAUUUAUGUGUGGGCUAGUCCGGUUAGUUACGUGUCAUGGGCUGUCGUACGAUUGUGUUUCCUGGCAGGGAAUGCAGGACAUUAUGGCACCACAGCUAGAGGGAUUUAAAAUGGCUAUUGAUGAGGAUAAGAUUCGGGUGUUUGUCGAACAAACGGCCCAUCGAAUGCAGAAGAUGAUUUGCGAGGACAUGCGUGGACGGAUGGUCUCUAUGCAGCUGCACGGAAUCAUGGGGAAGAGUGGGCAGUACUUGGUGAGGGUCACCUGCUCUUAUCUGAAGGAUACUUAUGUCUGCAAGCGAACGCUGGGUAUUAUCGUACUGGAUGAGACAAAGACUUGUGAUGAUCUCGAAGACAAAGUUAAUAAAAUUAAGGAGAAGUGUGGACUCGAGCAGUGGCAAAUAUAUACCAUUUCGAUCGACUACGGGAGGAUCGAUCUGGUGCAGAGCACGUCGGACGAACAGGAACAGUGGCAGCAGGCCGAGGUGGACGAAUCUAAGUUUAUCGAAAUAUUGGGUCAGUAUAAUGCCUCGCUGAACGACGUGACGGUGCUCCAAUGUGGUCGACAUCUGCUCAGUAUGGUGGCCACGGAGGCAACUCAAGACUUUGGGGAUACCAUUGAGGAAAUUAUCGAAAUGGUGAAGAGUUUUCGCUAUGACGAGUACAAGCUGUACUUCCAGACCUGGCAAGGUCGCUAUCCGCCAAUUCCGGAUAAGAAUAACUACGGCUUUGGAACGUACCUUAUGAUGAAGGCACUGAAGGACGAGCGGUUGUUCUUUGAACAGUUCACCACUCACUACCCGGGCUAUGCAUUGUAUUUGCACUGGGACUUAAUCGAUGAGUUCGUAAUGGCUUUCGAACCACUGUAUGAUUGUGCUGUCCGGAUCGGGAACUGCGGUCUGAGUGAUUUUCAUCUGCAAUGGCUUCUUGCAUACGGUCGGAUCCGCUGCAUCGCUGUCAACCGAUUCCGAGAUAAGCUUCUCCAGGCAAUGGAGACUCGUCAGAAAAUGCUGGAAGAACUGGCACCGUACAAAGCUGCCCUGUACAUGGAUCCUCGGUUAAACUUCCGCGGUUCCAAACUGUUCGAUCACAACAAGAGAGAAAAACUCAUCACAUUUCUCCAAUCGAUCUAUACCAUGUCGGAGGACACGUCCGUCGAUCGCCAGCAAAACUGUCACACACCUUCGUCAUCCACGAUGCAAACAUCGGGCGAGUUCAGCAUGAAUGCCAUGCUGACGGAAAUGCUCGGCGAAGGCUCGCCGGAAUCGGCUAUGGGAGAUUUAAUUCGGGAAAUUCAACAACAGGAGCGAUGCGAUGCAGAUGAUGUGGAGUUCGACAUCAUCAAAUAUUGGGUUCAGAAGAAGAUGCACGACAAUCGGCUCUGGACCCUGGCGAUGGUGGUCUUCUCACCGUUGGCUACACAUUGCGAUGAUGCGGAGGACGAUUUCAGCCAGUUGACCGGUGCGGUUUCUACGUCCGGUGCAAACAGCACGUUGGAUGGCUCGCCGAUGCAACAGGACGACAGCAUCCUACCACCUGAACCUAAUGAUACUGAAGGUGAUGCGUGGAACGCUCUGUUUGUGAAACAAAACCCAAAUCUGUUGGAGAGGGCCGUCAUGGAGGAGUUCUUCAAGGGAAGGCAGUUUGAACCGGAGCCGCUUUUGAAAAGUGAAGUGCAAGUUUGAUUCUCUUUCUUUUGACUUUAGACACUUAAGGUGACGAAUAUGUAUUAACUAUUUUAACGUGUAAACAUGUGAAGUCACGAGACUUUCGAUUUAUGUGAGAAAUUCCUAAAUAUGUCGACUUAUUAGCUCUUGAUGUUUCCGCUGGCCAAUAUGGGACACGCCGGCGCCGGUGUUCGAAUAAUGUCGCUUGCAGUCGUAGUUGCAACGACUAUCGGUCAACACGUACACAACUCGUCCCACUCUUUCGACAACUGUUCCAGGUCUACUUCGCGUAUACGAGAUCUUUGGGCUGAAGGACCUCAUCCUGAACUUCUUCUGCUUGACCGUUGGCGGUACCGGCGGUGGACGUUCUGGUGCUGGACGUAGCAGUUCGAGACAGGUGUGUAUGCGCCGCCCGAACAUGAUCUCCGACGGUGAUAGACCUU